AUGUCUACUGCGUUUGUCGUGGGUUUGUUCAGCCUCGUGAAUGGCGAUCGUCGUGCGGAGCAGAGCGGGAGUACGCAGACCUUUUACUGCUUCUAUGAGACAGCAUUUCGCUACAGCAACGGUUCCGAAGCCUCUUCGGCUCAGAUUCGAGUAUACAGCCCUUUGGGGGGCUUAACCCUCCCCGACGACACACUUGCUUUCGUGGUCGCCAAGGCAUGCUUUGACCGCGAGGGCCCGAUUCUUUUAGAUGCUCAGCCACAGCAAUUCUUUCCCUUCCCAGGUGAUCCCUCGGAAGAGGCGUAUUACGAUCACGUCCCUGAGUUCGACUUCCCUCUUCUUUUUGCAGUGGGGCGUGUAAACGCUCCGUCAACCAUUGAUUCACUGCUUCCACCGUUGCAACGCUUCGAUAUUGCUGUAUCAGAGUACGUGAGGAACACGGUGCAGCACAGCAAAGCAGAAAUGGUAUUUAAUAAUUCAACCUCACGCUGGGCCCAUACGCCUACUCCAGCUGUUAAUAGCAGUGUUGGUGUUCUAGGCAUGAGCGCAGCCAAGACGUCCGAUGGAUACAUUCAGUUCGAGUUGCUUUCUCUUGCACUAAACGUUUCAAACAACGUCUCCAUUGGUGGAUCAGGCAGUUUGGCCGCGCGGACUGUCACAGUGACACCGACCGCCGAUACGCAGUCGAAGAGGGAUCGCUUUUCCGCUCGUGCUAGUGUUACGAAGGGCGCUACCGCGAAUGGAACAUUGGGCGUGGAACCUGGCAAGCAUUCUCAUGGAAAGAAGAAAGCUUCCACAGAAGACGCUGACGUUGGGGGUGGUCCUCAGGAUCGUAUCGCGUUAGCGGUGGCUGAGGGACUGCGCGUGUUGCCUGACAUGGCAAACUACGUCGACUUAUGGCCUUUGCCGUUGUACAUCGAGCUAAACGUCUUUGAUAAUGUCCGUCACAUGCAAGAACGGCGACAUAAACGCACGUCGCGACGGUCUCGUCGGGUGCUCUCGAUAUCGCGUGCCUCACACUCACGCGCUGCCGAGUUUAGUGUGGUGUCAGUUGAUCCUUCCCCGUCCAUCUCAACAACAGCCACGAUGAGCAGCAGCCAAGGAGCCGACAGCUCGACUGGAACUGCAGUAGAUCAGCAGCUGGCCAUCUUCCUUCGCACUGAUUGUGCCGUUCCGGUUAUGAAAACUGCAGACGCUCUUGCCGCACUUGGGAUUCCUGAUAUGCAGACGUUCAACACCGCUAUUCGAAAUGAUAAUGGAGAAGCCUUUGAAGAAUUCAUCCAAAAGAACGGCGCGUUUCAUGGUUUGACUUUGUGGGAGAUGUUCAGUUUGGUCAGAGGGGCGAAAAAGUUUUGCAAUAGCAAGUAG